CUGUGCUAGGGUUCAUGGGCGCGAUCGACGAGGACGAGGGCUCUUCCUGGCUGCGCCCCGCCCGGCGGAUUUUCCAGGUUCCUUACAUUGAUCGCGUGCUGCGCAGCAAGGGGCUGCGCCGGAUCGUGGGCUAUCCCUACAGCGCCGGCGACUGCCUUUUCGAUUCCGUGCUCUAUCUCCUGGGCGAGGAGGAGGCCUACGAGAGCUCCGUGUGCCUCCGGCGGGCGAUGGUGAGCUUGUACAGGGAGAAAUUCCACCGCAAGGACCCCAAGGCGAUGGAGUGGAUGGAGAAUUUCCUGGUGCUGGAGAAUUUGCAGGAGCUCCACCCAGAGCUGGGGAGGAUCAAGCUCACAGAGAAGGACGCCGCGCUGGUCUACUUGUGUAAGAUGCGGCUGAGCGCCUCGUGUGGGGGGCUCUGGGGGGAUCACUUCUGCGCAUUUUGGUUGCAAGAGCUCCUGGGGAGGCCGAUAGAGAUCUGGCUCGCGGACACUGGGAAGAUCUUGGGCGACGAGGAAGAUCACAGUGACAACGUUAUGCGGCUCGUCUACCAUAGCAACUAUCAUGGGUUCUCGUUUGCUCACUACGAGCCAGUGGUGGCGUUCGAGCGGAUGGAGAGGUUUCGCUGGAGCUCUCUACAGGUGAUUCACAGGAAGAGAUUUAUGGAGGACGACUUGGAGGACGAGGUGCUUGAGGAGGAGACCGAGACGGAGAGUGACAAUGACGAGGAGGAGGACGACGAUGACGAGCCACCGCCGCUUCCUCCUGAAAGCUCGCAAGGUUGCUCUCGAGCUCCAUGGCUUGAAGAUGACAAUCCCGAACGGCCGGAUAGAUUGGUGAGCGUUUCCAGCGCGAUCGAGGGCGAGGAGAUGGAUGAAAGUGCUACUGCGAGAGUGGAGGAACAGGAAGUUGCCGAGACACUCAAGGAAUUCUCGAGUGACAUCAAAACGGCUGGCGGCUCCACCAAUAAACUGCCGGGUUCUCGUCACCUUCAGCCGAAACGGUUGAAAACGGACAGUCCUUCUCUCGGUGAGUCUACUGUGGAGAUUUCUGUCCGCCAGCCCGAUAAGCAAGAGCCAACGGCAAGGAGAGAACCACUCAACACAAAAGUUCUCGAAGCUGAUUGUGGCCGGCUGAGCAACUUUGAAGUGCUCGAUCUUCUGCAAAGCAGGGAUGGCAUCAGCCAGUCGGAAGUUUUGGUCCGUAGAUAUCUCCUCCAGACCCCGGCAGCGUCGCAGAGCAUCGAAGACUUGAGAAAACUUUCUCGAGAGCCACUGAUCCGUCGACUUUGCCCGCUGGAACGCAUCCAGAUAGCAAACUUAAGGCCCGAUCCAGUCCAGCUCUACUUGAUUAUCCAAAACAUCCAGAAGAGAUUUUCCAACGACGAGAUCGAUGCCAUGGUUGCUACUGUGAACAGAUUCUUGACAGAGCCACAGAAAGUUUGAUCGAUCUUCCCAAAAUCACAGCGCCAAAGAGCCAAAGAACCAAAGUUCUGUGGAAAAGAGAGUUUUUAUUUUAUUUUUUUCAUUCCUUGUACAGAGGAAGGAAUUUAUGUAAAUUUCAACCGUUGAUCA